AUGAGACUUAACGUCUCCGACGUUAACUUCACUGGGUCGAUUCCUCCAGGACCCCGCAAGAAACGGGCAGCCGGUGCCAAGGGGAAAACUAGCUUCUUCCAAGAGCAUAUUGCUUUGAAGGGCCUGACAUCUGUGGAGGCUACAAUACAUGUUUUCAAAUGGAUGCGGCACGACUGGGACAUGGGGACGAUGUUCGCGUGGCCAAACGUUAGGACAUGCAUCAAGGAACCGUACCGUUUUACGGCACGACUCGCUCGGAAAGACCGGCUUGACUCGAAUGACUACCAGGUACCUUUAUUCCGAGAUGUUGACUUCAAGAUGAAUGAUUCGGCGGAAGCCCGCCAGAGGGUGCUGCAAUUGAUGAGCAAUACCGCUCAAUUCCACAAAGGCUCGCCUGUCGGAGAUUUGGGGCAAGCCAUGAAGAAGAUUCCCUCGGCCCACCAGCUCCAAUUCUUGAUGUGGACAUUCAUGCAGCAAAUGGACAUCAUGAGCGAGAUAAGGGAUCAAAUCCUAGCGGAACAUAGCUGGACACUGGUCUCAACUCUGAGAUGCCGCGAGUUAUACCAGAGCCAUUCCGACAAGUCAAUACCGAUGUCGCACAACGAAAAGAACGCCAUGAGACGCAUGAUCAGUCAUACAUUGCUCUUCUCGAAGGGGGACCCGCCAAAAAUGGCACUAGCUGGAGGACCGUCCUUAUAUGCCAGGUUCUCGCGAGAGGGAUACUCAGAUCCGGUCCAAAUCAUGAGCUCUUCCGCAGGAAUUCCGCAGCGAAUGGGCCCUCAUCCUCCGCUCUCCAAAUCAGAACAGGCUAUUAUAAAAGUUUUGGGAUAA